AUGGACGCAAUCACAAAAUCAGUGCCUUCGGUACCACAGCUCAGCCACGUGCUUAUGGCAGGCGCAAUAUUGACAGUGUUGUACUACAUCACUACCGCUAUUUACUGUAUCUACAUGCACCCACUUUCCAAAUUCCCAGGACCCACAUUCGCCGCCUUCUCUCGCCUUCCUUUUGCUGUCUCAGCCGUUCGCGGUCAACAGUAUAAAUGGAUCGACAGCUUGCAUGAGCGCUAUGGCAAGGUUGUCCGCGUGGGCCCCAAUGAGCUAACGACCAUCUCGUCGGGAGCUUGGGACGAUUUGUAUCUGCAGCGACCGCAACUGCCAAAAGACCCACACCCGCAGACGCCGCCAUUGAACGGCGCCGAUUCGCUUUUUACAGCUGAUGGUAGCGAUCAUCAGCGCAUGCGGAGGACGCUGCUCAAUGGUUUCAAUGAUCGGGCUCUACGGGCGCAGUCGCCCAUUAUAGAAUCAUAUGCGGACCUCUUCGUUCACCGUCUGCGUCGUGAAGCAGCCAAGAGCCCAGACGGCAUUAUCGAUCUAGCCAAGUUCUACGGCUAUGCAGCCCUGGACAUCAUCUCAGACCUAACGUAUGGAGAGAGCUUCCACGGCCUUGAGGGCGACAACGAGCACAACUGGAUUACAGGCUUCUUCUUGGGCGCAAAGUUCGGUGCAGUGCGUAACCACCUGAGCUACUUUUACCCGCUAGACAGGAUCUUCGGGUACCUGUUUUUGAAGCUCACGGCCAAGAUAAGGGCACGCAAUUGGAAGUAC